CAGGGCGGAAGGAGCGGCGCCGCCGGGGGACCUCGAGCUGCUUCGGGACGGCGGGACGCGGCCAUGGGGAAACGGCAGCACCAGAAGGACAAAAUGUACAUCACGUGUGCCGAGUACACGCAGUUCUACGGCGGCAAGAAGGCGGACCAUCCCCGAGCUAAUUUCAGGCGGAUAUCGUUUGAUCACUGCAGUUUGUCUCUGCAGCCAUUUGAAUACCCAGUUUGUACACCAGAUGGGAUGGUCUUUGACAUACUAAGCAUUGUUCCUUGGAUAAAAAAGUAUGGAACCAAUCCAAUCACAGGAGAAAAACUAGAUGCCAAAUCCCUUAUAAAGCUGAAUUUUGCUAAGAACAGUGAAGGUAAAUACCACUGUCCGGUGCUGUUUACUGUAUUCACCAAUAACUCCCAUAUUGUGGCCAUCAAGACAACAGGAAAUGUGUUUGCCUAUGAGGCAGUUGAGCAGCUGAACAUAAAACCAAAGUGCUACAAGGAUCUCUUGACAGAUGAGCCCUUCACCCGGCAAGACAUUGUGACACUGCAGGAUCCAACAAACCUGGAUAAAUUCAAUGUCUCUAACUUCUUUCAUGUUAAGAACAACAUAAAAGUGGUUGAUCCAGAUGAAGAAAAAGCAAAAUUGGAUCCAUCUUAUUACUUGAAAAAUACAAAUACAGAGACCCGAGAGACUUUGCUGGAGCUUUAUAAGGAAUUCAAAGGUGAUGAGAUUCUAGCAGCCACUAUGAAGGCUCCUGAAAAGAAGAAAGUGGAUAAGCUGAAUGCUGCUCAUUAUUCUACUGGAGCAGUAAGUGCCUCCUUCACCUCCACUGCGAUGGUACCUGAAACUACCCAUGAAGCAGCUGCUAUUGAAGAUGAUGUUGUAAGAUACCAGUAUGUGAAGAAGAAGGGCUAUGUACGACUUCACACUAACAAAGGAGACUUAAAUUUGGAGCUGCACUGUGACAUGACACCUCGAACCUGUGAAAAUUUUAUCAAAUUGUGCAAAAAGAACUAUUAUGAUGGGACAAUUUUUCACAGGUCAAUUCGUAAUUUUGUGAUUCAGGGAGGUGAUCCAACUGGAACGGGAACAGGAGGAGAAUCUUACUGGGGAAAGCCAUUUAAAGAUGAAUUCAAGCCCAACUUGUCCCAUACCGGGCGUGGUAUUCUUAGUAUGGCCAAUUCAGGACCUAACACAAACAAAUCACAGUUCUUUAUCACAUUCCGCUCUUGUGCUUAUUUGGACAAGAAGCAUACAGUGUUUGGAAGAGUGGUUGGUGGCUUUGAGACUCUGACUGCUAUGGAGAACGUGGAAAGUGACCCGAAGACAGACCGUCCCAAGGAAGAAAUACGAAUCCAGGCAACAACCGUUUUUGUAGACCCGUAUGAGGAGGCAGAUGCACAGGUUGCUGCAGAAAGAGAGAAGGUUCAGCUGGAAGAAGAAGCAGCCAAAACAAAAGCUGAGGUGGUCCCACUGAAGAAAGAUGUUCAGACUCCUAAAACUUACCGUCAGGGGAUUGGAAAAUACAUUAACAUGGCUGCAGCGAAGCGCAGCAUGGAGGAUGACGGGCCCUCGACAAGCACAGCUGCGAAGAAAGAGAAAAAGAGUGCAGGCUUUGGGGACUUCAGCUCCUGGUAGCAGUGCGGAGAGCCCAGCACUGGAGCAGCGUGGCAAAAAGGAGGCCUCCCACGUGUCCCUGAAGAGCCCGAAAGACAAUCUGUCCUGGGGAGAGGGAAGGCACCAGCAUUCACCGCGAAGAAAACUGUUGCUUUGUUAAGGCUGGUUAAUAGGCUUUGUUUUCUGGAGAUCUGCGUUCCCACAACUGCAUCUUUCUCGAAGGCCUUUUUGUUGUUGUUCAGCUGAGCAGGGAGCAGACGCCACAGCUCUGCUGGGCAUUAGCUGGAGCCUUUCUCUGCGCAGCCAGCAGCGGCUCAGGCAGAACCCAGCCUUGCAACAGCUACAUUGUGAAAGAGCUUCAUUUGCAGGUAACCGUUUCCAGGCAAGCCGGGUCUGCCAGAUGGAUUGGUGUGCUGGGGAAGUGCUGGAAGGCUCUGCAGAGGGGAAGAGGGCUGCAGCCUCCUGCCUCUGCUUUCCAGCUGCCUUGUGCUUGUUCUCAGCAAGGACUAAUUCCAUCUUUUCCUCUUGCCUCCUGGCUGGACUGACUGCUGUCCGUCUCCACAGGGCCUCGCUCACUCUGAAAUGAGCUGUGUCUGCACCCGUGUGAUCUCCAGCAGCCUGCAAAGCAGUGAGGCUGAGCAGCGAGCAGUGUGCCUGCUGCAGCUGCACCGCUUGUUCCUCUGGCAGCUGGCCUCAUGGGAGCCCCUGGGCAGCUGGGGGGCCGGGCUGCCCUGCCUCAGAGCUGCCCUCUGGGUCCAGAACUGACAGCCUGGAGCAGUUGAGUGGGAACAGAAACAGCAUCACAGCAUUUUUUUAGCCAUCCCCUAGGGCUGCUCCCUGCAUAGGCAUCUCAAAUAUUUCCUUACAUAGCCACACUGUUAGGAUGCUUACAAAAGGCCUUACUGAGUGCAGAAAUGCCAGCCUGGGAAAUGUAACCCGUGUUACUGUCACUUACAGGUGGUGCAGUAGAUCCUGAACGUGACUUCUCAGUUCACCUCCGGUGUUUUCAGAGCAGUACCCUCCCCUUCCUGGCGGAGGAGGUGGUUUUGUAGUCAUCUUUGUAACCAAUACAUUGAUAUCAGUGGUUUAAGAGAUUAAAGUCUCCCCUUAUAUGAAAUAGCUGUACAAAAAUUUUGGUAACAUGUUUUGCAAUUAAAUGCUUUUAUUUUCUUUUGAA